CUUCGCUUCGUUCACCUUCCUUUUCUCUCCGUCUCUUUCUCUCUCAUAUAUAUAAGUCUCGUGUCAUUACAUACUUCAUUUCCCAUUUCAGAUUUCAAAACUUUUCCCCAAAGAAAAACACAACUUGAUCACCAAGAUUUACCAACUACAAAAACCCCAUUUACACCCACAACAAAUUUCAGAACGCCCCAUUUAGAGAAACCAAAAGAGAGAUAUGAAGUUGGUUUGGUCUCCAGAAAAAGCAUCUAAAGCUUAUAUUGAUACUGUUAAAUCCUGUGAAAUAUUUAAAGAAUCGAGCGUAGCAGAGUUGAUAUCAGCGAUGGCAGCAGGUUGGGACGCACAAAUGAUUGUAGAAACAUGGUCAAGAGGUGGGAUUAUGGCAACAAGUAUAGGUUUAGCAGUUGCUAGUCAUGUUACACGUGGCAGACAUAUUUGCUUAGUACCUGACGAAGAUUCAAGAAUAGAGUAUAUUCAAGCCAUGGAACAUGCCGGAAUGUCGCCGGAAGUUGUGGUCAGAGAACCGGAAGAAGCAAUGGAAGGGUUAAUGGGGAUUGAUUUUUUGGUGGUGGAUUGUAGGAGAAAUGAUUUUUGUAGAAUUUUGAGGGUGGCGAAGUUGGGUCAUAGGGGAGCAGUUUUGAUAUGUAAGAAUGCAAGUUCAAGAGUUGAAUCUGAUUUCCGGUGGCGGAGUGUACUAGACGGAAAAUCAAGAAUUGUACGGUCGGUUUUUCUGCCGGUGGGGAAAGGUUUGGAUAUUGCUCAUGUUGGAGCCACCGUCAGCGGCGGUGGAAAGGGUGGUUCCGAGAAGAAUCAAAGUCGAUGGAUUAGACAUUUUGAUAGAGAAUCAGGAGAGGAGUUUGUUAUACGCAAGUGAUGACGUUUAGGAGAUGGAAAAUUCUUUUUUUUUUGGUUGUCAUUUGUUUUUUUCCUUACCUAUUCUCUUGUUUAAUUAUUUUCUUACUUUUAUUUUGGGUUCGUUCUGUAUAUAGAUGAUACAAAAAAUUAGACGGUCUCGGUUUUGGCAAUUUUGAUAUAUGCUGGUGCUUAUCUUGUUGACGAAAGUUGUAUAUAUGGUCAGAAAUAUUUGGAUGAAAUAGCACUUUGCCUUU